GCAUGUUACCUGACGCCGGCGAGGAGGAGGACGCCAACGCCGCCGCCGCUAUCACUGGGAGCCGAGGAUGCCUCAGAGGACCGGGGAGCUGCCCCCCUUCAAGAAACCGAAGCUGGCGUCCACCACGCUGCCUCUCGCCUCUGGAUCGCGCCGAGCGAUGUUACUAACGACACCGGGGACGAAGCGCCAUCCUUCGUCGUCCUCCUCUUCUUUGUCGUCGUCGUCGUCCUCCUCCUCCUCUUCCAUAGGGAUCGACAGCCAGCGUCGGAGCCUGCCGAUUUUCCAAGCGCGGGGGACGCUGCUCGGACAGCUCCGCACCUUGGACUGCGCGGUCCUGAUCGGGGAAACAGGUUCCGGAAAGACAACUCAAAUUCCGCAGUAUCUCUACGAGGGGGGAAUUGGGCGCCAAGGAAUAGUUGCUGUGACCCAGCCUCGUCGUGUAGCUGCUAUAUCCUUGGCUACCCGCGUCUCAGAUGAGAAGAAAAAUGAAUUAGGAAAAUUGGUUGGCUACACGGUGCGCUUUGAAGAUCUCACUUCUGAUGAGACAAAAAUCAAGUUCCUGACAGAUGGGAUGCUACUUCGAGAAGCCAUUGGCGAUCCUCUUAUGCAUAAAUACAGUGUGGUCAUUUUGGAUGAGGCACAUGAGAGGACAAUCCACACCGAUGUGCUCUUUGGCGUAGUGAAAGCAGCCCAGAAGAAACGGAAGGAACUUGGGAAAUUACCCUUGAAAGUGAUUGUCAUGUCAGCUACUAUGGAUGUAGACUUGUUCUCCCAGUACUUCAAUGGAGCACCAGUUCUCUACUUGGAAGGCAGGCAGCACCCCAUCCAGAUUUUCUACACAAAGCAAUCCCAGAGUGAUUACCUCCAAGCAGCUCUAGUGACAGUCUUCCAGAUCCAUCAGGAAGCACCUUAUUCUCAGGAUAUCCUGGUGUUUCUGACAGGCCAGGAAGAGAUUGAAGCAAUGACUAAAACUUGUCGGGACAUUGCAAAGCAUCUUCCAGAUGGUUGCCCUCAGAUGGUGGUCAUGCCCCUUUAUGCUUCGCUGCCUUAUUCGCAGCAACUCCGGGUCUUCCAGGUUGCGCCCAAGGGUUAUCGCAAAGUGAUUCUUUCCACCAACAUUGCAGAGACCUCCAUCACCAUUGCCGGCAUAAAAUACGUUGUGGACACAGGGAUGGUCAAAGCAAAGAAAUAUACGCCUCAGAGUGGCCUGGAGGUCUUGGCAGUGCAGCGGAUCUCAAAGGCCCAGGCCUGGCAAAGGGCUGGUCGAGCUGGGAGAGAAGAUAGCGGAUGUUGUUACCGCCUCUACACAGAAGAUGAGUUUGAGAAAUUUGAUAAGAUGACAGUCCCAGAGAUCCAAAGGUGUAACUUGGCCAGUGUGGUGCUCCAUCUGUUGGCUCUGAGAAUCCCAAACGUCCUUACUUUUGACUUUGUGUCAAAGCCAUCCCCAGAGGCACUUCAGGCCGCCAUCGAGCAACUGGCUCUCCUGGGUGCAGUGGAAAAGAAAGAAGACCAGCUGUUCCUCACGCCAUUGGGAAAGAAGAUGGCUGCAUUUCCUCUCGAGCCCAAAUUUUCCAAAACGAUCCUAAUGUCUCCCAGGUUCCACUGUACGGAAGAGAUCCUGACCAUUGUCUCGCUGCUCUCUGUGGACAGCGUCCUCUACAACCCUCCUUCCCGUCGGGAUGAAGUCCAGGCCGUCCGAAAGAAAUUCAUCUCCAGCGAAGGGGAUCAUGUCACUUUGCUCAACAUUUACCGGGCCUUCAAAAAUAUCAGUGGCAAUCGGGAAUGGUGCAAAGAAAAUUUUGUGAACAGUCGAAACAUGAUGCUGGUCUCAGAUGUUAGAGCUCAACUAAGGGAUAUUUGUAUAAAGCUUUCGAUACCCUUGGAGUCUUCCCGCUCUGAUACUGGGACUAUCCGCCGCUGCCUGGCCUAUAGCCUCUUCAUGUAUACAGCAGAGCUGCAGCCAGAUGGCACCUAUGCCACAACUGAUACCCAUCAGCCAGUGGCCAUUCACCCUUCUUCGGUCCUUUUCCACUGCAAACCAGCCUGCGUUGCAUAUAAUGAACUGCUGCACACCAGCAAAUGCUACAUGAGGGACCUCUGUGUGGUGGAUGCCGACUGGCUAUAUGACGCUGCCCCCGAAUACUUCCGCCGGAAGCUCAGAGCAGCCAAGAAUGGACCUUAAGAUUGGGGAUAAGAAAAAAAAAUAGUUGCUUAUAGGACCUUCGGAUCGUGACUUUGGUAACCGAAUAUACAGGAAUGUUGCUAUACUGACUGACUUCCCACCGCUGGACUUCAUAAUGUUUCUUUCACAAUCUCUUCUGGAAUAGGACCUUAAGUGGGCAUGUUCCACAUGCUUUACCUACCUAGAAGAGAUAAUAGAGGCCACAGGCAGAUUUUGCAUCUCUGAAAUGCUUUGUGAUUAACCCUCCUCUGUUUCCAUUCCAAAUGUAUUAUGAGGUUUUCAUAUAAGUAAAGUCCGCCUUGGUCUUCAGUCCUUUAGAAAGCAUGCCGUAUAAAGAAAAGAGAAACUGAUACGUUUUUAGGACAAAACUGGGUAAAUCUAUGCGUUUUGAAAACUGCCUUGUCACAGACUUUCUCAGCACUGCAUCUUACCAUUACUAUGUAACGUGAGAAAAAAAUAAUUUUAAAUAAUAUUUAUUUUUAGGAUGGAAA